CACUCUCUCUCCUAUAAACCCAACCGCACCAAGGGUUGCAAGAGAGAGGACGAUCCCAAAGGAGAGAAAGAAGCACGCGCAGCAUCCGUUCCUUGCCGCUGCCGCUGCACUCUCCCAUAGUCCAUAGCAGAACCCCCACCCCGCGCCAAAGCAGAGCGACCACUUUCCCCUCCCGCCCCCCAUCUCAGUCCUCCUCCAUGGCGAGAUCGACGCGCGGCGCGCUCCUCCUCCUCCUCGCGCUCCUGGCGCUGGCGGCGGCGGCCCGCGCGGGCGACGUGCCGGCGGCGCUGGGCUGGGAGCUCGGGGUGGUGGGCGCCGCGGAGGACGAGGAGUUCGGCUUCCCCGCCGGCGGCGACUCCGUGGCGCGCCGGGUGCUGCAGGGCGGGCCCGGGUACAUCAGCUACGGCGCGCUGCGGAGGGACAACGUGCCGUGCUCCGUGCGGGGGGCCUCCUACUACAACUGCCGCCCCGGCGCGCAGGCCAACCCCUACUCUCGCGGCUGCUCCGCCAUCGCCCGCUGCCGCGGCUGAUCCGCCCGCCCGCUUCAGCGCAGGCGGCCGGCGACUGCCGGGAGGACGAGGAGGAGGUUCAAUUCAUCCCGUUAGUCCCUCGCCGUUCAGAAAAAAACAAAAGAGAGAGAAGAAACUGUUCAUCUGCCCUUUUUAAUCAAUUAUUGUUGUUAGAGUAUCUUAGCUUUUCCAAAAUCUACAUUCUAAAUUAUCAUUUGGAGAGUCAUUUGAGUGAAAAUCGUUUUUCAUAUCUUUGUCUUUUCCAAUAGCUCUUCUAUAUCUUAUUUGUAGUCUAGAGAGCCAUCUGUAUUCUCCAUCUUUGGAUAACAUGAAAUCCGAAAUAGAUGAUAUUUAUUUUUGAAUAUUUAUUUGAAGAGUCUGUUGGAGGCUAAUUUAGAGAUGCUCGUAGUAUUGGGAUUAUUUGUCUUGUCGUCCAAGCUUAACCGAGGAUGAUUGGUGGUGGUUUGGCUGGCGCCCGCGCGAUUCCAGUCGGAUCCGUGUCUGUCCGGCCCUGUAAAUUGCGCGCAUGAUUUGUGUGAUCAUUGAUCCACUGGUGUAUAAACUGAUGAUGAUCGAACCUGCAUGUGUUGAUUGCGAUUGUA